CGACGUGUCAGGUCUCAUGUUGUUUUUAUUUGUGUGUAGGAUAAUUUCAUGUAUUUUUGUUUAUCUUUAGAGGAAUACACUGUUAAUUUUUAAACAUGAAGGCUUUAAUAUUGGUUGGAGGCUAUGGAACUCGUUUAAGACCACUUACUCUUACUCGACCAAAACCCUUAAUAGAUUUUUGCAAUAAACCAAUGUUACUACAUCAAGUUGAAGCAUUAGCUGAGGUUGGUGUUAAUCAUGUCAUACUUGCUGUUAGUUAUUUAUCUGAAAUGUUAGAAGUUGAAUUACGGAAAGAAGAAGAAAAGCUCGGUAUAAAGAUUACAAUGUCACAUGAGGUUGAGCCAUUAGGGACGGCUGGUCCGUUGUCAUUAGCAAAACAUUGGUUGGAAGAAACAACCGAGCCAUUCUUUGUGCUGAACAGUGAUAUAACUUGCGAAUAUCCAUUUCAUAAAAUGAUUGAGUUUCACAAAAAACAUGGAAAGGAAGGCACUAUUGUUGUUACAAAAGUGGAGGAACCAUCCAAAUAUGGAGUGGUAGUUUACGAUCAAGAAACAGCAAAAAUUGAAAGUUUUGUAGAAAAACCAACUGAGUUUGUAUCAAAUAAAAUCAACGCUGGAAUGUAUAUAUUUAAUCCGUCAAUAUUAAAGCGAAUUCAGCCACGGCCAAUGUCAAUAGAAAAAGAAGUAUUUCCAUAUAUGGCAAACGAUGGAGAGCUAUAUUGUUUACAACUUGAAGGUUAUUGGAUGGAUAUCGGUCAGCCAAAGGAUUUCAUUACUGGUACAUGUCUUCAUUUGAAUGCACUGCGCAAAGCAUCUCCUGAUGUGUUAUACAAUAAAGAAGGUUCAAGAGGGAAUGUUUUAGUGCACCCAACCGCUAAAAUCGAUCCUGAUGUGCAAAUAGGACCAAACGUGGUUGUAGGUCCAGAAGCUGUCAUUGAGAAAGGUACAUGUUUGUCUCGAUGUAUUAUCAUGAAGGGAGCUAGAAUACGCUCUCACUCGUGGGUGCAAAACUCAAUCAUUGGAUGGAGAUCGACAGUUGGCAAAUGGGUUCGCAUGGAAGGUGUUUGUGUCUUGGGUGAAGAUGUUCACAUAAAGGAUGAAAUUUAUUUAAACGGCGCAAAAGUUCUGCCGCACAAAUCUCUAGCAGCUUCAAUACCUCAACCGAACAUUGUCAUGUAAACCCCCGCAUACAUUAUACUCGAUCUAGGUGCUAUAUUACAGUAACUUUUUGAAAAUAUCUGCUACGUCUCUCUGCUCUUAUUCUACAGUUUCGUUCGUUCUAGUGUCUCUUUCUUCAACGGAAGUAAUAAACACUUUUAAAUGUUUUACGAGGAAAUUUAUUUAUAUACUACAAGUAAUAAUUUAUAUUUAUGUUUAUGCAUGUUUUGUUUGUAGUUGUCAUGUGUUUAGAUCACGUGUUAUUGUUUUAAUGUCAGGUUUUGUUGUUGUUAUGGACGAGUAAAUAAGGUCGGACGUGCUGUUAGAGAUUAUAGAGAAAAUAAAAACGUACCUUAUUCGUCUUGAUUUGUAUGUGUAUGAAUUUCUGAUGUAUUUCGCGCAAAAAAUAGCAAAAUUCUGGGUGUUUAGACAAUAUACAGAUGUGUUUCUGUUUUGUAAACUGUAGUACAUUUUCGCGCAGAAGUUUUUGCGCGUAAUUUCUGUGCUAUAUAUCGCGUAAUAAUGGAGAUUUUGCGCGAGCGCGAAAUCAGUACGAAAAAGGUAUCUGAAAAUUUACCCCAAAUAAAAUAAAGCGAAAAACAAAGUAAAAAACUGAACGAAGUAAUUGACAGUUUUACUAUUUAGACUUCAAUAUUAUCCCCAUGUUUUAACAACGCACGUCAUUUUUUUUAAAAAAAUCUUUAUUUGAAGAUCUUUAAAGUCAACGUAUCAGAUCUAUAACUAAAAAAAAACACGAAUUUUGUCUAUCCUUGCCGAAUGAAAAUUAUAUUUUUGUAACCUGAAUAUUUUAAAUUUUUCCGGCGGAAAUAUUGUUAUACGUUGGCAUAGCUAAUUUAUUAGAGUAAUGCUGACUAAUUUUGUGUAGUAUUUGUAGAGAAAAAUGUUCUGUUUUUAAUGGC